AUGGAAUGGGUCUCCAGCACCGUCAAUCUCUUCUAUCUCGCGCUCGAUUGCUUGGAACAUAUUCAGAUCGCCCGAGAGUUCAAUCAUGACUUCGCGAAGCAUCAGAUCAAGCUCGAUAUCAUCCAAAUUCGUCUUUCGCGCUUGGGAGAAGUAACCGAGCUUGAAGGCAAAAUCAAGAACGGCCAGAACAACAACAAUCCCACAAGUCCUCUAGAGAGGGCGGUGAAAAAAGUCCUUGAAGAUAUCCGAGACUUACUCGACUCGUUCCAGGAGGAACACCAAAAAAUCAAACCCGAGGGCAUUGCGCCCGAAGCUGUGCACAGUGCUGAUGAGAUGAAUGAUCGUCACAAGCGUAUACGAGAAAGUCUUCGGCACUGGGUCAUGAAGAGAAAAUCCCAAGCGAUUCAGACUGGCCACCGCAUUCAGUGGGUCUUCUACAAAAAAACUACCUUCGACAAGUUCGUCACCGACAUCUCCGACCUUCUUGACAAGCUGGAGAAGCUCUUCCCCGAGAACAUAAGGAACAAACUCCAAGAUCUCAGUAGGAAGCAAUGCGAAGACAUCAGCAAGGCAAACCUUGAGACUCUCUCAACGUAUAUCGACAGAUGCGAUCCAUGGCUAAAGACUGCCGUGGAAGAGAGGCUCAAGAGUGACCAAGCUGCAGGAGUCAACAUCAACCAGUCUCACAACACGGGUACAACGACAGGAAUCCACAAUGGCGACAUGAUUGGUUUCAACAAUGGACCAGGGAGUUUGACCAAUAACAUCGGACGUGAGAAUCGCUGA